UCCACCCCUCCGCAGCUCAUGUCGAGAGAGCGACGCCGUGCCUCCGACGCGAUUCUGCUCCUUCCCCUCCCGUUUCGAUGGAUGGAUGGAUGGAUGGAUCGAUCUUGGGGUCCAGUUGCUCCAAUCUUUGAAUACGGAGAGGAGCCAAAGCUGGCAGUGUAGACCAACGGCGGCGAGACCAUGGGAUGUGAGGUCGUGGGUUGUGGACGUGAAUGCAUGGUUUCUUUAUGCCGUUCCUCUCGUUCAUAUACCGAGAUAUGUAACCCUUACCUCACUCGAGCAAGAGGGAGAGAGAGAGGAGGAGAGAAUGGCCACCACCUGCCUCUCUCCCCGGCGUCUGCUCAUCACCCUUCUCCUGCUCGCGCUCGCGUCGGUCACACCACGACGUAGCGACGCGGCUGAGGUCAGGGAUCCGCGUGCACGGAGUCGAUUCCUGGAGCAGGAGGCCGUGAAGAAGGGCGACCAGUGCGACCCGGUCACCAACAACAGAUGCUCAGGGUUGCAGGCCAAGGACGGCACGCAGCUCCUCUACUGCUGCAAGAAGCACUGCCGCAACGUGCUCAGCGACCGCAACAACUGCGGCGCCUGCGGCGUCCGGUGCGGCUUCGGGCAGUUGUGCUGCAAGGGGAAGUGCACCGCCGUGGCCUACGACGUCAACAACUGCGGCAAGUGCGGCACCGUGUGCCAGCCGGGGUUGCGAUGCGAGUAUGGUAGUUGUGGCUAUGCCUGAUCUUGAGCUACGAACUGCAUUCUUCUUCUUCUCUGCGAGAUGUAGAUUACAGUCUCUCUCUCUCUCUCUCUCUCUCUCUCUCUCUCUCUAUAUAUAUAUAUAUAUAUAUAUAUAUAUGGAUUAAGGUGGUUUGGAGUGGGGAGUGAGAGGACGAUGGAUAGAAUCUUACUGUCCACUAAAACAACUUGCUCUCUACUUUUUCUUGCUUCUGUGAAGGGUUUAGCACAGGAUGUAUACCAAUCCUUUGUAAACAAGCAUAAUAAUUUCUCUUCUUCUUGAGCAA